CCUGUUAUAAUCAGUUAUAGAGUUACAAGGAAAUGACUUUCAGUAAGGAACCACCAUCAACAUCAGACCAACCAGUUGUAUCAUCAGUAAAAUUGAUUGAUAAAAUAACUAAUUAUGUAAAUCAAUAUGGCAAACCAUUCUUUUCAUUGGAAUUUUUUCCCCCUCGAAAUGAAACUGAAUUAGAAUCCUUUUGGCCCUUGUUGGAUCAGCUAAAGCAAGGCAAUCCUUUGUUUAUGGACAUCACUUGGCAUUCAAGAUCAUCACUUGACCCAAACAAUCAUUGUUCAAGUCUAGCAAUUGCUGGUUCAACUUUAAAGCAGCUUAAUCAUGAAACUGUAUUACAUUUAACUUGUUAUGACUAUGAUAUUACCACUUUGGAAUCUAUACUCAAUUCAGCUAAAUCAUUGGGUCUUCGAAAUAUACUGGCUUUAAGGGGUGAUGUACCAGCUUCAAAUCAAGAUGAAAACAAAGUCUUUAAUGGAGUUUCCAAUAACUCAAGUGAUGUCCCUGACGGUCUUUCCAAUGUUGCCUCCAGUGAUAUCAUUGAUAAUACAAAAGGUGAACAAUUAUCUCCGACAAUAGAUCAGCUAAGUAACUCUAAAAGUGACCAAAUUAUUAAAUCAAACAAUUUCCUUGAUAAACUAACUUGUGCUCUUGAUUUGGUUAAAUUCAUUAAAACUAAAUAUGGUGAUUUUUUCACUAUUGGUGUUGCUGGUUAUCCAAUGGGACAUCCUGAAGCUAAAACAUACUCAGAUGAUUUGAACUAUUUGAAAUCUAAAGUGGAUGCUGGAGCUGAUUUUAUUGUUACUCAACUGUCUUUCUCAGCUGACCAAUACAUUAGUUUUAUCAAGGAUUGCCACGCAAUUGGGAUCAAAGUGCCGAUUAUACCAGGAAUAUUCCCUAUUCAAACCAAGGCGUCCAUUCGUAAUAUAAGCAAAUUAACUAAAAUUGAUCCUCCUAAUGAAGUUAAAAAAUCCAUUGAAGCCUGUAAGGGAGACAUCGAAGCAAUCAAGAAGUAUGGCUUACAACAUGCUGUUGAUUUAUGUAAAAAGCUAAUUAGUUCUGAUGUUAAUAUACCCGGGUUACAUUUUUAUACAUUGAACCGUGAUAAUUGCGUUACUGAAAUACUCAAACAACUCAAUCUGUGGAAUCCAAGAUCUGAUUAUGAAGAAUCUAUAAUGGCUGGUGAUAUUCAAAAUUCACCACUCGUUUUACCAGAAGGUAUCCAGCAACCAGUUCAUGAACAAUGAGACCUUGUCGAGCUUAUCCAUAAACUCUUGCUCUGUUAGAAAACCAGGAAUAACUUCCAAAUUGACUCCGGUAUUUCUGAUUCAGUAUACCAAAGGAACCAAUAAAAUUGUAUAAAUUUGACCAAAUAA